AUGAGCAGUUCAAGCGCAGGUUCUAGCUCCAGCUCGGGCACACCAUCCGGGAAGCCCCGCGGCCGUCGUGCUGGUGUGAGAGUCCCGUGCGAUGAAUGCAUUCAACGAGCGAGCGCAAACAAGGACAGCAAUCUCGAGCUUUGCGAUAAGUGCACAGCAGUCCUCCAUCGACCACGCCGAGGAUCGCAAAAAGAGACGGCCAACACACGUCGAGUUCGACACCAAAGCCACGCUGUUAUCGACACUGCUCUAGGCAUACGGACUGAAAAUCCAACUCUACCUUGGAGCAGUGACAAAAACGAGCAGCAUGCUCUACAAUUCUUCAUCCGGCACAGCGCACCACAACUGGCGGGCUACUUCGAUUCGCCGUUCUGGCAGAAGAUGGUCCUUCAGGCGGCGAGACACGAGCCCUCGGUUCUGCAUGCGAUCGCGGCGAUCGGGGCUCUCCACGAGAAGUUGUUGGCCGGUGCGGUAAACCCAGCAGAGAGCCAAGACCGAAGAACAAGGUUCGCGUUGGAGCAGUGCAACAAGAGCAUACAGCAUCUGAUUCAACCAAAUGUAGGGGGCGAGAAGCCAGACCUGAGGUUGAUGCUUACCACUUGCGUACUGUUCACCUGUUUCGAAGCAUUGCAAGGAAACUGUGAGCAGGCAAUUAUACAUGCAGCGCAAGGCUACAAUCUCCUCCAGCAGUAUGCCGUUGAUCCCGAAGACAAAAGGUGGGAUGUCGGCGCAUUCGCGGUGGAGCUUGAUCAAUUGUGCAUCCUGAUGCGAAGAUUGCAGACGCAAAGCAAAGGUCUGAUGGGCAAGGACUUUAACAUGGUCCCCAACCCAGAGCAGCUAAUCCUGUCAAAGCCAACAGAUUUCGAGAAUAUCCACCAAGCUCGGUCCAGUCUUGAACAAGUCUUGAACCAGCUGACCAUCUUCUUCCUGGACCUGGAAUUGGACGACAAGUACUACGACCUGGCCGUGACGAACGGCGAGAAGCACCUCCUGUUCCGCCCAUGGGUUGAAGCAUGGGAAGCUGCCUUCUCGAAGCUCCUCGCCAGGAUUCAACCUCAAAUGGGCCCUGACGAUCGCAAAGCCGCCAUGAUCCUCAAGGCACAUCACUUGGUGGCGGAAAUUCUUGCGGACGUUGACCUCUCUCUUGGCGAGCUCGGUUGGGACGCUUUCCAUGAGAAGUUUGCGGCCAUCGUCAAUCUCGCCGCAGCUGUGUUGGACGAUACGAGAAGAUCGGAUAGGUCGGUCAUAGAAGCAAGAUGGAAGACUAGUGGCGUCUUCAUCUCGUCGACUUCUGCAACACUAUCGUUCAGCCUUGGCAUCGUCGAUCCUCUUUACGAAGUCGUCGCUCGCUGCAGAGAUCCAAACUUGAGGAGAAAAGCCUUGGAUCUAUUGGGCACCCACCCACGGCAAGAGUGUAUGUGGAGCUCAUGGUCAGCAUGGAAAGUAGGAAGUUUCCUGCUGAAGCUUGAGGAGGAGGGUGUCGAAGGUGUGACGACAAAGAUGUCAGACAUUCCAGGAGAUGUUCGCAUAUCCGAGGCAUGGCUUGAUUUUACAGACAAGUCGGGCGAGCGUGUUAGCGGUCGACCGAAGAUUGGUUACAAGAAGGCAGUACCUCGAGCGAGUGCACGAUAUGCUCUCAAUCCCGGCCUCUUCGAAUGGCAGACAGACGAACCUGGAUUCAUUCCUAGCCUCGACUUUGCGACCGUUGCGAGAACUGAGGAUCCACUGGCGCAUCGGGAGUAUAGCAGUCACGCUGCUGAUAGUUCCCGGUCUGGGUCUGCUCAAGGCUAA